AUGCCGGACCUCACCAUAAUUAACAACCUGAACGAAGACAUUCACGUCGCCUUCUCCAUAUGUGCACCUACGCAUUGGAAGAAUCAUCUCAAACCUAACGAGCGAUGGACGACUCACCUCCCGACUAUGCCUCUGUAUUUUCAAGUGAGGUGGGCGCAGCGCAAGGACGAUGAGCACGGAAUCGUCUACUGGUCUCGCGAGUUUAGUCCCCAGGAGUCUUGGGAUACGGGGGCGACUAUUGGCAUCGCAUGUGCUGCCGGGACUGCGUCCGUGUUGUCGGCUGCAGCAUGCACUCUGACGGGAAUGGGGGCCGUUGGAGGCGUGGUUGCUGCGCCCCUCAUGUCAUUAGCAUGUGCAGGUGGUAACAAUUACGCCGCGAUCGGUUCGGAUUCGAAACUGUACGAGACGAGAGUGUGGGUUCCGUGGUUCGAACACAAGGAAUAUUCGGUCAGAAACGUUGGAGAGGGUCGGUGUGUCCUGUGGGAUGUGAGGGAGAACAAGCAGGUCUGA